GGAGUUUUGGAUGAAUUAGGGGCUUUUCAGAGGAUGCAUUCAGAGUGUGCGCACCUGCGUAAGACCAGCAGUGUCCGCAAUCUGCAACCUUACAAGUGAGAAGCUGCUCCUUCGUCUGAAAAACGCCUGAGGGGAAGGAUUUUUUUUUUAAACCGCCUAAUUUUUAACAAUGACGGAAAUUUCUGUCAGAUUACAAACUAUGAGGAGCUUUUCCCUCGCUUUAUCCUCUGAGCAGCUGUGACCACCGUGUCCAGACACCGACACGCACCAUCAUCUGACACAUCUCUACUUGUUGUCAUCCUGCGAGAAACAUGCCAUCCAAAUUAUUGGCUUAUGUCUUACUCCUGUCUGUCCUUCAUACAUGCUCUCUAACAAUCGAGUACGAGGACUACGAGGAUGUCACUGUGAAUCAAAUGCUGGCUCCUAAAUCACAGGAAACCGACGCCACGGAAAUACUCAACAAUUUACUGAAAGAAUAUGAUAAGAAACUGCGACCAGACAUCGGAGUUAAACCAACUGUUAUAGAUGUCGACAUAUUUGUGAACAGCAUCGGUCCAGUGUCAUCGAUAAAUAUGUGUCCAAGGCAACCUGGUGUCAUCCAGGAAUUCCUGCCAAAACGAAAGUCGGUGCCAGUGGGGUCCCUGAUGCUAUUCUCACCCUGUGGAGAGAGCUGCCCACUCACAGGCCAUCACACACUGGAUACCCAGAGAAAUACAAUAUUCAUGCCAGUUCAUUUCCCACUGCGUAAGCGAGCUGCUGGCAGGACUACUGCAACAUCCUUGGAAUACCAAAUCGACAUCAUCUUUGCCCAGACGUGGACAGACAGCCGUCUCAGUUACAACAGCACAAUGAAAAAAUUGACUUUGAACAGCAAUAUGGUUGGACUUAUUUGGCUACCAGAUACCAUCUUCAGAAACUCCAAGAAUGCAGAUUCCCACUGGAUUACAAUGCCUAACCAGCUGCUCAGAAUAUGGAACGAUGGGAAGAUACUUUACACCUUAAGGCUGACAAUAAACGCAGAAUGCCAGCUGCAGCUGCACAACUUUCCAAUGGACGAACACUCCUGUCCGCUCAUCUUCUCCAGCUAUGGAUACCCACGAGAUGAGAUGAUUUACAAGUGGCGGAAGAACUCUGUGGAGGCAGCUGACCAAAAGUCCUGGCGUCUCUACCAGUUUGAUUUUAUGGGCCUGAGAAACACUACAGACAUAAUAAAGACUACAGCAGGUGACUAUGUGGUGAUGACAGUGUACUUUGACCUGAGUAGAAGAAUGGGCUACUUCACCAUCCAGACUUACAUCCCCUGCAUUCUCACCGUGGUCCUCUCCUGGGUCUCCUUCUGGAUCAAAAAAGACGCCACGCCAGCCAGAACGGCUUUAGGUAUAACCACAGUGCUGACUAUGACUACUCUUAGUAGUGUGGCCAGGACGUCACUACCCAGAGUGUCUUAUGUUACUGCCAUGGACCUUUUCGUCACUGUGUGCUUCCUGUUUGUCUUUGCUGCUCUGAUGGAGUAUGCAACUUUAAAUUACUAUUCAUACAGCGCUCGAAGACCCAGCUGCAUGGAACCUAAAAGAUCGAACUAUUCCGUCCUGGAUGUGAGACCUCCACACACCGUCAUCACUUUAAACAACUCCAUGUACUGGCAGGACUUUGAGGAUGCUUGUGUCUACGAGUGUCUGGACGGAAAAGACUGCCAGAGCUUCUUCUGCUGCUUCGAGGAGUGUAAAGGAGGUGCCUGGAGAAAAGGACGUCUCCACAUAGAUUUACUUGAACUGGACGCAUACUCGCGCGUCUUUUUUCCCACCUCUUUCUUGCUGUUCAACGUCGUCUACUGGGUAGGCUAUCUCUACCUUUAGCACACUGCAGGAGCCUGCGUGGUCACAACAGAAGGACAGCACAGUUUAACAGAAAGAAAUUCAAGAUUAAUAAAAAGGUAACACCAAAUAAACUCUUUCCUGUGGUACCUGAAGCAGUCACCUGGAGAUAAAAAGAGAGGACAGUGUGUGUCGGCAGGCCUGUGCCAAGCAGAGAUUUCUACUGAUUCCCUUCAUAUGCUGUACACAGAGGGAGGACAGGAUGGACUGUGUGCUAAUGACGAUAUGAAGACAAAGAACAAAAUGUGCUUUGCAAUGCUACCCCAACCUUCACAAUCAGGAGGAUGACUUGUGUUGUAGGGAAUGUACCAGUACGUUAUUAUCCAGCCAUCAGUCAAAUCCAGUUGAUGAAAAUCCAAGGACAUUCAAACCAUUCAUAGUGCCUUCCUCUGGAGGGGUAGAUACUAUCUGCUACAAUAAUCAGGGAAUAAUGAUUUAUAAAAAAAUUAAUGAAAUAGAAGAGCCUGGCUUUGACUGAUUAUGGCUGUUCUCAUUCAGAGCUUUUACAUUUAUAAAACAGCCAUUUGUUGUUAACAACCACAUAAAAAAUCAUUAGGUUUUUAUCUCUUCAUACUGACUUUCAGCCAUUGGGCAUCACUCAUUCCUCCUGCUCGCAACACUAUUAGUACCCGUAUAAAGUAUAAUAAAUAACUUGGUUCCCAGGGAAGAGAACGAUUUAAAUUUCACCUUACAGCAGAAAGAACAAUAUGUGCUUUAUUGGCAGAUUUUUUUUACGUAAGAGGAUGUGACGUCAAUUAUUUGAAUUGUUCUUUUUUAUUUUAUUUAUGUUUGUGUUCAUGGCAGGCAUCAGAGUAUCCUGGAUAUGCACCCAGGGGCUCAAGAGAAACGAAAAGUAUUAUGGGAAAGUACCUUUGCUAACUGCUGUGGGUGCAAAAGACAAUCCAGCAUAGAGCACCAACCAUGACAUAUUUUAAAGAAUACCUUUCCUUUAAGGGAAUAGUUUGGGGAUAUUUUGGGAACAGCAUACACUCUCAUGUCUGUACGCUAAAUAUGUAACUUAGCUACAGUCUGCAGCCAGUUAGCUUAGCUUGUGUAAAGGCUGGAAACAGGGGCUAACAGCUAGCCUUACUCUGUCCAAAGGUAACUAAAUUUGCCUACCAGCACUUUGGCUUUUGUACGGAUUCAAUAAACGAGAUGUGUUAAUUGCUGAGAUUCAUUUUUACCUCAGGACAGAGCCAGGCUAGCUGUUUCCCUGUUUCCAGUCUUUAUGCUAAUCUAAGCACAAUGGCUGCUGGCUUUAGCUUCAGAUUCAGCGUACAGACAUGAGACUGGUAUCAAUCUUCUAAUUGUGGUUUUAGGGGUUGUAAAAAUAACAAAUCUUGAGUUAAAUAUAAUUAUAGAUAGCAGACAUAACAAAGCAGUUUAUAAUGUCUACCAACUGCAUUGUCACAGAUUGGGGCCCUCUGAGAUGAAACACAGAGGGAACAAAGGCAGCCAUGCAUAUAAUUCAAAUGAGUGUUAUUUUUCUAGAUGUAACACAUAUUCACACCAUGUAUUGGUGUUGCACAGCAGCCUCUUCUUGCCAGAGCUCUUAACACACACUAGAUGAAGUGAACAGGCAGAUGUGUUUCUUCUUUCAGCCGUUUUUUUUCCGAACACAGUUGGUGAGCGGGAUGCCCAAAUGAAAUAUAAUGGGUGUCAUUUGUACAUUACUGUAGGCACAAAUAUGAUAAUCCCACUCAUUAGGAUCACUCAUCUCUGUUUGGCCGUUGACUCUUGUUUGCAUGCAAUAGACAAUUAAACAUUACCCUGAAGAAGUUGUAAUACGUUCAGAGAUAGAAUUAUAGUUUUAAUAUGGACUGUAAGUAUCAUAAUUAGAUUUCCCUGUUUUUAGAUUUGGCAUUAGCAACCGUUGAAUUGCCUUAGUGUAGCCCGCACAGAGCUGAGAUGAACACCAGAAAUACAUAUUUACCUCUGAUAAUAACCUCAGCAAGGUGGUGAAGACCUCACUUUAGUGAAGGCUACUUCUUUGCCUUGGGCAGUAUACUUAAGUGGAACUUUUUAUAUCCCUUUUUUUGAGCUGUUUUGUUUUUAUUAUAUUUGCUAUGUAUGUGCCAGCCAAAUAUUUCACAUAUGUGCCCAGUCAUUUAUGUUUUCAGGCAAGUUUGAAAUGGUUACACUAAUAUGUUUGAUGUUUUGAGUGUGGUGAUGAAAAUCUUAAGGAAAAAAAUGAAUUAUGAAUUUUUAAGUGGGGGGUAUUUAGCGAUGCCAGGGUUGAUGCUGCGUUCACAUUGUGGCAAUAUGCAGUAGAUGUUAAACUGAACGGUCAUUAUUUCCAAUAGUAGAGGAACACUCAACUCAGCCAGCCCUGGUGCAAAGUGUCGCCUACUGUGCCUGCAGACAAACAAGAUGCUGACUGAAAAUGGAUGCAGCCACAUAUGUUAGUGCACCUGUUCAUCUCCUCAACAAACACAAAGUACUGACAGCAGUUCUCCUGACUGUCUUUGAUUGGUUCUUUUCUAUGACAAUGUAGUCAUUUAUACAAUUAAUCAUAAUAAUAAUAAUAACAAUAGCAAACUUUAACCUGCUACACGUGGUAUUUUGUUGGCCACAAUGUGAAUGCAAAACUAUUGUUUUAUAUCACAUUUAUGAUCAGUGUUUGUUUUGCAGUGUUAAUUGAUUCAUUACUCCCAGAUGUUACAGUGUUCUGACUCCCUUCUGCUGACAGAUGAAGGGUGAUGCAAUAAGGUAAUCUGAGUGGUGCUAUACUUUACAAUAACUCUUGCCAUUACCAUUUUGGGAUGAAAAGUGAUUAAAGUUCAAAGAACAUACACUUUUUUGGGGCAUGUUUGCCAUCAUUAGAUAACUGAAUGAGAAAGGGGAGGCAUGUGACAGAGAUCCCAGGCUGGUUCACCUUCACCAGCUGAGCCACUGAGAUGCACCCAUUUGUAAGUUUGUAUUCUGCCAAUAGAAACGUACAACAGGGCCCUGACUGUUAAAAUCAUACUGACUGUCUCAUUCUUGUCUCACUCUGUAUUAUCAGGCAAUAGUGUCUAAAACACACAGCAGCAACAGACACAAGAACGUUCUUGCAUCAUUUAACUCAGUGGCUUUUCUUGAGUAAUAAAUGCAUAAGGUCAAGAGUUAUUGUGAACAUGGCUCAGGAUGGUCUUUGAAAGUUCAUUGUUAUCACAUUUUCUGUAAGAUCUUAUUGACAGUACUUAAAAAUCUUUUGUCAUAAGGCUGUUAAGGGAUUUACAUAGGACAAAGAUUCAGCUUGAACUGAUACAUUGUCUAAUAUGCUUUAAUAAAAACUGUAGAUUGGAGUUAGCAUGCAGGAUGACAGAUUUGGACAAAAUAAAUUCCAUUCGCUGUCCCCAACGCUUCCUGCGUGCCAUUUGAAGUUUAAAAAGCUAAUUUCCACCCUCCCCGUCAUAUUUGCUGUUGAUUUUGCGUCAUGUUUUUCCAGCUGGACAGUCCACAUUUUUCAGUAAUAUCUUUCCAGACUCUGGGAAAGCAAAGGGGGUAAACACAGGGCGGGGGAUUCAGGCUGGGAUUUGAUCCCAGGCCAGUAUGGGCAUGUGUGUGGCUCCAGACUGAACCAGUGAACCAGCUCUGGGCACUGUGUCAUUUGUGCUGAGGAUCAGCAGCAUUAUGCAGAUGGGGCAUCUGAGGGACAGACAUUUAGACAUGAAACUUAUCUGUCUGUCACUAACGUACUAUGUAAAUCCCUUGCAAAGAAAGUUGCGUGUUUUUGUGAUUCUGAAAAUUUUGACAGAAUUUUCAGUUUUAGUGCAGUUUUGGUGACUUGAAGUACAAUAAACUCAGUACAAAACACUGCAUUGAUUCUAAGCCACAUUCAGAAAGUAUUAUUGUGAUGAAUAAGCCAAAGACAUUUCUGUUUCAGUUUUAUUCUCUGAUGGUUUAAAUCAUGUUUGAGGAAAUUGUUGUGUUUUGGGUUUAAAAAAAUAGUACGGCUUCAUGUAUACAGUGCAGUACUGUGAAGUGGCAUUUGAUUGGAAACUAUGAGCGUAACAGAAAUAAUUAGCCUAGAAGUGCUCUAAGAUGGUUGAUGUCAUUUGCCAAUUCAUCCACUGUUGUAUUAUUUGUGGCAAAAAUGUCAGUAACAGCUACUGUACACGAUGAAGGGGAUUGUCUCUGACGCUGUACACAAAGUGUGUCUCUACCACAAGCUUUCAUUCUGUAGCCAAACUUUUAUCUGCAGUGUAUUUCAACAGUGGUGAAUCAUAUUUUUGUUGACAUGUAUUAUCUCCUAUCUAACUUAACUAUAUACACAAUACUCAACUGUAGACUUUUUUCUGCUUUGUGUUUUCAUAUUUGUGGCUUCAGUGUGACAUAGAUAUCUCAUUACUCAAUGGUACAGUAAAGUGCAAGUGUUGAGAUUUGUACUCCUCAACAACGUGGUGUCCUGUGAGUGGGGUUGUUUUCAUGAUUUUGCUUCUUUGGUUCCAGCAUCUACAAUCCAUUUCUGAUACCCAUGCUAUUUUCAUACCUAUGGUUCUUUUUAUAUUUGAAAUGUGCAUUACUACCAAGGACCAGAAAAUAUGGAAUAAAGUUUUUUCAUAAAUGUA